UCAUCAAGGGGGGAGGCGGGCUGAAGACGUUUUGUUCGAGGAGGAAAUAGACACCAACGCAAACACAGGCGCUUGUUGUUAUUGUUGUGCGAGAGUAGGGAGUUUAAAAGUAAAUAUGUACAUUGCUGUGGUCCUCCUCGCGUUGGUGGGUGUAAUGAGCCGUGCUGCUGAAGCGCUGGACAAUGGUCUGGCUCUGAAACCCACAAUGGGCUGGUUGCACUGGGAGAGAUUCAUGUGUAAUAUCGACUGUGAAAGGGACCCCAAUAACUGCAUCAGUGAGCGUCUGUACAUGCAGAUGGCAGAUGUGAUGGUGAAGGAGGGCUGGAAAGAGGCCGGUUACGAGUACGUCUGCAUCGAUGACUGCUGGCCCUCCCACCAGCGCGAUGCCCAGGGCCGCCUGCAGGCAGACCCCAAAAGAUUCCCGGGGGGUAUAAAGAAACUGGCCGACUAUGUCCAUUCUAAGGGGCUGAAGCUGGGUAUCUAUGCAGAUGUGGGGAAAAAUACCUGUGCUGGAUACCCCGGCAGUCUGGGUUACUAUGAGACAGAUGCUCAGACUUUUGCUGACUGGGAUAUAGAUCUACUCAAGUUUGACGGCUGCUAUAUGGACUGGACCUUACUGGGAGAAGGAUACGUGAACAUGUCAGAAGCACUGAACAAAACCGGAAGAAGCAUCCUGUACUCCUGUGAGUGGCCUUUGUAUGAGUGGCCUUUACAGCAGCCCAACUACACGGCCAUCCGUGAGACGUGUAACCACUGGCGCAACUUCGCUGACGUGUACGACUCAUGGAGCUCUAUCAAGUCCAUCCUUGAAUGGACUGCUUCUCAUCAAGACAUCAUUGUCCCCUCAGCUGGACCGGGAGGCUGGAAUGACCCCGAUAUGCUUGUGAUUGGGAACUUUGGCCUGAGUCACGACCAGCAGGAGUCUCAGAUGGCAUUAUGGACCAUCAUGGCCGCCCCUCUGCUCAUGUCUAAUGAUCUGAGGGACAUUUGUCCUCGCUCCAAGGAGCUGCUGCAGAACAGACACAUCAUAGCCAUCAGCCAGGACCCGCUGGGCAAGCAAGGAUACCGCACUGCCAAGGUGGACAGUUUUGAAGUGUGGGAGAGGCCUCUGUCCAAGAACCGACUGGCUAUCGCCGUGCUGAACAAACAGGAGAUUGGUGGUCCCAGAGGGUUCGUCAUCAGAGCGGUUCCUGGCUGGAAGAUCUGUGACCCCCAGUGUAACGUCACACAGAUCCUGCCUCAGUACAAGGAAAUGGGUGUUCAAACUCCACAAAGCAAAAUGGUUGUAACUGUCAACCCUUCAGGCACGGCUCUACUGACUGUCACUCCCAUCAGCAGCAGCUUUAAGGCUCUUAACAAGGUGCACUGGCAGGACACGUCUGUCAAACGCAAGCACACCAUCGUGUUGUAGUCCUCGGGUGGUUGUGCACUUUAGCUGCCAAAACAAUUUUAACUGCUUCAAGUGGAACAUUGUUUUAAAUUAAAUAUGAACAGAUUAAACUGUGUCUAAAUUUAAAAAGGGAAAAUGUUUUAGUCUGUUUGCAUUCAGCUUGGAUACGAGGAUUACAGUACACCUGCCACUUUAUGUUGAAUAAAUCACUGGAAAUGUUUUUA